AUGUUGAAAUCAAGGUUCGCGGACACUGCUGAAUUCAAGUUAUUCAAGGGGCUGGUGGAGGACGAAGUCGCCGUCGAAGAUGCCGUGCAAUGGGUCAUCGGAGCCACCAUGGACCGACUGGAAGGGAACGGACCAGGAGGGACGAUCGACAAAGCCGAUGAAGUUACAUUUAUGGCUCUCUUGGAAUUGGCCAUGCAGAUCGACCAGGCGCAGCAUGGUCCGUUGGUGGCUUUCUUGAAGGAGUUGAAAAUGUACAACGCCGUUGACUCAACAACGGGGCUGGUCCUCAAGACACAGAAUGGGAGCUGGGUUUGGUCACAUCUCCCUUCCCUGACUACUUGCGCCCGGAGGAUCCUGGCGGACUUCGAGCGGGAUGCGGAUUAUCUAUGCGAUCCGCACAUGGACCCCGAACAACAAAUCCGGUGGGCGAAGUUGAAUAUCUUCCUCGCCAAAUCGACACAAGCCGCCACUGUAAGAUACACAUCCGCGUCGCAGGUGUGCAUCAGUGAUGGGAUGGACGAGUCCCAUAUCGGACUAUGUGCACUUCGACAGAUAUUCGAGGAGGGCAUCCCGUCUGAGCAACUCCCCGCCGGAGUUGGCUUACUCGGCGUCUGCUACUGGUUCAUCUGCGCCGGAGACCGUCUCUGGGAGAACGUCGUCAACGGUCGCCAAUACAACAAAUACGAUGGGCGACCAGGCGACAUGUUCUGGACUCGGAACUGGAGAGGCUUUGAGCGCGAACGAUGGGAUGUUUGGGAGCAGGGUCUGCGCGAUGCGCAGGCUGCUUGUCUUCCUGGGCAAGAGGAUGUCAAGGAUCUGAUCGGUCGCGCCUUGUCCAAGAUGGAGAGUCUCACCCGCGACUCGUGCCAAUGA